CUUGUUAUGGUUAUGAUGAUUUUUCUUUAGCCAGCCAUGGCAGAGAGGUGUUAGACACUCCGCCGCUUCCUGAUCCCGCUGGCUCCUCCCCGCUUCCCUCAGCAGCUGAUCCUCAGCUGCAGCCCGCGCCUCCCGGCUCGGCUCUAGCGUGGCGCCGCCGCCGGUUAGGUCGCUGCUGGAGCGGCGCGGGGGUACAGACACACUCGCCCCUGCGGGGGGACGGUAACGUUCGCCACUCCGGGGACGGACACUUCGCCACUCUAAGGACUUCCUGGGGCAAGGACAAUAUUCGUCGCUGCGGAGACUUGCAGGAGAUCGGACACACUCGCCGCUGCGGGGACCUUUUGGGACAAGGACGCGUUCGGCACUCGGAGGAGCCGCCGGGGAACGGGUGCACCCGUCACUCGGAGGAGCCGCGGGAGGACGCGUCCCGCCGCCGCUCAGCCGGCCCGGCGGAGUGACCUGCGCCGCCGGCGGCCCCGCGACCGGCACGGAGGUGGCGGUGGGCGGGCAGGUGCUCCCGCCGAGCGGUGAAUGGGAAAGGGAGCGCUCCGGACCACGCCCGGCCCGCCUCAAGGCAACGGGCGGGCAACGCGCAUGAGGGAAGAUGAGGGGAAAAAUAGCUCAGGUGCAGGGGCGGUUUGCAGUGGGGCUUGUCCUCUGUAAAUGCUGAGUGAUUUCUGCGGGAAUUUAAAGCAUUACGGCUUGAGAAUUCAGUUUGGGGUUUUUUUGUUGUUGUUGUGGUUGUUUAUGAUAGGUAUUAUGGGGCUAUCCGAGGUUUCAUAGCUUGCUCUCUCCUGCUCCUUCCCGAGCAACACCGAAAACAGGAGGGCUGCCCCAUCACAACUGAGUAGACCUUUUCUGCAGCCCUUGGAAGACUGGUGGAAGUACAGAUGAAUUUUCUUUCCCUUAUCCUGCAGUGUUAACUAGACCCCAAAACGCGGCUAGCUAACCAGGUGGAAAUGAUCUGUGUUGUCCUUCACUGUAACAAUACUCCAACCUUUACCUUACUGGAAUAAGAAUAUCUUUUCUCUUUCACCUGUACCUCUCAGGUAACCUCUGGUGCCAUGUAAGGUAACGGGAGUGUCAUUCAAAGGGUGAUGUCUGUGAGGUGCUGCACAGACCCCCAGUCCUACCUUGCAGCAUCUGACUGCAUGCUGCCUGUGCACAAAGUCAGCAGCUUGAACCUUUCAAGUCUGUAUUUCCUCAUGGCACCAGUAGCUAGGGAAGAUACAGUUUUGAGAAGGUGAGGUGUAUUAGCCUGACCAUCCUGGCCAUCUUUGUGUAGCCCUACAUCUACUAGGAAUUAGGAGUCUUCAAACUUUAAAAUAAGCCAAGGGAAAAACCAUCCCUGACAUAAACCAUGGUGUGGAAAGGUGACAGUACUAUUAGACUGCUGCCAUAUUCCAGUGACAGCUUUUCCAUAGAAACUGAAAUUUCAUUAUAGAAAGUCAGUUAAGUGCUUUGGGUUUCUUCUUGGUUAAGACUGUAGAAAGAGCAUCAAAUCCUGCCUAAACCAAGCUUUUUAUUUGACAGCACUAUAGCCUUAAUUUUAACACAUAAUAAAAGUAAAUAAAAAACUUUCUCUUCUAACUGUGAAUAAAAAAAGAAUGUAAGAAGUUACAUUAACAGUCUUAACAUUAAAAAUUAACAAUGCUUCACAACUGAAGUGAAAACAGAGCAGUAAAUCUCUUCUAAUCUGAACUGUACAUAAGGGUCUUUUCUAGUUACAGUUGUUGAUGGCUAACUAUUGCAAUGUAACACAUCUAGCCACCCUCAAUAUAGAGAGGCAAAGAUGCUGUCCACCAUGGUUUGUGUUUUUUACCUUAGCUUCAGACACAGGUAAACUUCAGAGAUGCUAUAAAAUCAUAUUUUAUAGCUCUGUUGCUUGCAUCCCAUGACAUUCUGCACCAUUACAAUUAUAUCAGAAACUGUUCCUCACUUCUAAAUUCCCAACAUGUGGUUCAUUUUUUCCCCUUUCCUAAAGUAUUGUUCAGGUUAAAUAUAUUUGAAUACCUUUGGUUUCUGUACUGAAAUAAAUAUGCAAUAUAAUAAAAUCUCCAGUGCUUUUUCUCCACGUUCUGGAUCCAGUCUCUAGGAAAGCUGUGUACUUACAUGGUUUUGCAUAGAAAUAAAAUUAUUUCCUAAGCCCCCAGUUCCAGGAUUUUAAAGAAAUAUUUAACUGAGUUUAGUUUUGUUUUGUUGGGUUGUUGUUUUUGUGGGUUUUUUUUUUUCGCUUGUUUGUUUUUGUGGGGUUUUUUAAAUCAUAUUUCUAAGCAGUCAGAAUUUAAAAGAAAAAUAAUAGCAGACUGACAGUCUGUUCUGCUCAAUGACAUGACCAUAUAGGUUAAAAAACUGUACUGGUAAGCAUUCUUUUCAUUCUGAUUCCUUUCUUUGAAUUAAUUUUGAAUAUAAUAUCUAAGGAACUUAUCAUAGGCUAUACAAGUAAUAUCUUCCUUGGAAAACAACAGGUUGCUGUGUUAAUAAAGCCAGAGUGCUAUUAUCUCUCCAAAGCACAUACACUGUUGUCCUGAGUCAUACCGAAGUAGCAUCAGUGAAGCAUCUUUGUCUACUUUCAAAGGAACAUUCUGCAGCUUGCAAUGGAAUUGAUGUACUGACAAUAGUUAGUCAAACAGACCAAACUUCAUCAAGUUGCUGUUCUGGGGGACAUGUUAGCGUGAGGGGUUGUCACAGACCAAGUUGGAUGGAGCUUGGCCAGACUGAAAGGACAUAGGAAGCCAGACUCUGUCUGUAUAUACUGUUUGAGCUGCUUAAUUCUGUAGGAUGUUUAUAGUCUACUCCAUGUCUCAAAAGUAGCAUGAAAUCAAGCACAGCAAAUGUCUUGACUGGUAUUUCAACAAGUAGGCAACAGAGUGGAGGAGUUAACUGGAAAGGAAAUUAGAGAUAAUGAGCAGGGUGAUGACUUGCUGUAGAUGCCCUUGUAAAUGAAGGUAAGUAAAUAAUGUUUACAGAAGAGAGAACUAGGAGAAUCCUUCAAAUAGAGAAGUGAUGUGGUUAGAGUAAUGAUCUAUGUAAACAAUCUUGGGUUGCAGUUUCAGAGUUGUUAAUUCCAAGGUUGUGCAGAGCCCAGUCUCUCAGCAGUACUAAAUUGAUGUCGAUGGCGUAUGGCCAUGGUGUCACAUUGCUCUCAUAUUAGCUUCUGUCCAUGCUACAGAAUUUCUGUUUUGCUUCUGGAAGGAUUGGCAAUAACUGAUCAUGGUUUACUGUCUGCUGGUACAAAGUUAGCUCUUCAACAUUUUUUUCUGAACAGAUUUGAAUUGGGAGAAUCAGUUAAAUUGCAUUAAUUGUUUCCAUUUGAUGGCUGUGAUGUAUUUGAUCAUUCAUAGGAGUCCUACAGUCAGCUUGUGUCACAGUUGUCAGACUGUGGCAUUUCCAGUGGCCAAUGCCUUUUGUCUUAGGAACUGUGUUGGUUAAUGGGUUAAUGCUGGGUGGAGAGGUAUUUGGACAGUCUUUGUCUAUCAGCAAGAGAACAAGGGUCUUAGCUGCAAGGAUGGAUCAAAGGACUGUUUUGGAGCUGCCACAUGGAAGCUGGAAAACAAGUUUUAUAUACCCUGGGUGCUAGGAUCUAGAGACAUUUCAGUCAGACCUGACAGUUGACAAGCUUGAGUGGCAGGUAAAUUGGUGAUGCUAUCCACAGAUACAAAGAAGAUAAUAAAAGGGCUUUCAGGGAAGAGUUCUAGCUCUGCUGAGCUCUAAUUUCCUGCUAGUCAUUCACAGAAGAGAGAAGACUGUGUUUUGAGUUUGGAUAGGGGGAGGUAUCUCAUCUGAAAUACAAAUAAAUUAAUAUCUCUCUGCAGAUGAUGUAUUGAUCUGCUCCUUUCCCUAGAGCUAACUCAAAGAUAAUGUAGGAGGAUAACAGAAGGAUAUGGCUCUCUGAGAGUCUGUCAAACACUAGGAACAAAGUCUUAAAUAGGUAAAAAGUAUGUAAGUGAAGCACGGUUGAUUGUAUCAGGUGAGAAAGGAUGAGAGUUAACUACUCUUUUUGGGGUUCUGUUGAGCCUUUGAUUGGCUUUGGUUAAUCCAGAGUGGAAACUGAGACAUUUGGACACAGAUAGCUGGAUGUCUAUGGAGUGAGUCAGAGAGAGUGAAUGCAUAAUUAGGAAAGUGGAACUGAGUCAAAGGCUUUUAUUUGUUUAUUUAUAACAAUAUUUUUUAUUUUUGAGGGGAAACAGAAAGAGUAAACCAAGAAGACCACAUAAUAUUUUAGCCAUAUAAUUUUUUUAAAAAAUAAUUUUGCUUGUGUAAUUUAUUCCCUCUAGUGAAAAUUUGGUGGCUUCUGGGCUUUUCUCCUUUUGCUAACUUUCAUAGAUCAGAAAGAUAGGAAAAACAAGGAUUGUUUUCUCAAAUGUCUCCCCUUGGGACUUGCAGUUCUGCUAUGUAGGUUUAACAUGCAGCUAAGCCAAUCUAAUGAUUUAUGGCCACUGAAAGGUGGCUUUAUUUUUUUGUGGUUCUAUGUUCUGUCCUUUUCUUUAUGCUGAUGCUGCUACUUAUUCAACUUGCUUGUCUGCCAUGUGUUUAUUUUGCUCAUGGAAGUGUCCCAAUGAGUGCCAAAAUCAGCACAAGCUAGUCUGGAGUGCCCAGUUGGGAGAUUAGUUUUGGAGAUGGGGGAUGUCGUAUUCUUAGCAGCCAUAAACUGUGAGGCUGACUCAGAGUGCCUUCUGUACUUAACUACUGGGGUAAGAUAAGCAGCUCUUCAAGAAAUGGAAUAGUGAAAUUCCUCUCUGUUUCUAUAUAAGCAAUGAGAAGAGUUGGCAGUUAAGGAAGAAAUACGUUGAUGAUGAUCAAUGUUAAUACAACUCAUCCCCAUGGGAUUAUCUGGCAUUUUACAGCUCUGAGUUUUUUUCAGAUUCUUUGCAAAACCUGCAAACUCUGUCAGUGAGCUACCUCCAGUGAGCUACCACUGACUCAUCUUUUGGCUUAGGAUGUAGUUUCACUGAGAUCUGGCUGUACGAUGACUUAGUACAAGGAGUUAAACCAGAAGAAUACCCAGUUUUUGCUGGGAUAGCUUUCUGCUCAUUUAAUUCCUUGAAUCAAGCAGGCACCAGUAUUUGCAGAAUUGAGGCUGGAGAAGAAUGCUGACAGGUCGAAGGGGGAAGCAGAAUUGUCUUUUCAACAGAAGCUAAACCUUCUAUCCAUAUCCACCUUGUUGCAGUGCGAGACUUCACCUUUAGGACGUGGCUUCACAGUUGAUUGAAACUGAUCUCAUUCUGACUUCUCUGGAAAGAAACCCUACUGCCUUCCUGGUAUCAACCCUGUUAAAACAAACCCUGCUCAAAAUGGCUUGUUUGCAUAUGUAGUCAUGGGGUUACUAGCAUCGACAGAAGGAGGAUAAAUCACAUUAGGAGAUGAAAUGCCAUGAUGAAAUCCCACAAUGCCAUUUUGAGAGGGUGAGGUGAAGGGGGAGAAAAGGGCAAUAAAAAAUGGCCAAGCAAACAGCCGUGACGAUUACUUUGGCGACCCUGCUGGGUGUUGCACUGGGGGGCCUGGUUUUGUGGAAAGCGACCCAGCGUCGGAAAGGAAAAACACGCUGUAGUAGUCAGCAAGAGGAAGCAACAGUGAAGUCUGGAGAUGAGAAACUCAUUAAGGCAGAGGAUAAGAAGGUGCUUUCCUUCUUCAGAUCUCCCACCUUUUUCUGGUUAGAGAGGACCCUUGGUGCAGACAUAGUAAUAGUUUCAGAGCAGGAGGAGUGGGAUCAUGUUGAACCAUUGCUGAAGAAGGAGCUGGAGAAGUGGCCGGUUCUUGGAAUUGACUGUGAGUGGGUAUCUGUGGAGGGAAAAGCAAAUCCUGUAUCCCUGUUACAGAUGGCUUCUUCCAGUGGCCUCUGCAUUCUUGUUCGGUUGCCCAGGCUUGUUGCCAGUGGCCAGACUCUUCCAAAGACCCUGUUGGACAUCAUGGCAGAUAGUGCUGUGUUGAAAGUUGGAGUAGGAUGCUGGGAAGAUGCUUGCAAAUUGCUUCAUGAUUAUGGCCUUCCAGUCAAAGGGAGCAUGGAUCUCCGGUAUCUAGCCAUGAGACAACGGAAGGAUCUACUUCACAACUGCCUUAGCCUUAAGUCUUUAGCAGAAAAAGUCCUGAACUUCCCACUUGACAAGUCUCCUCAUGUGCGUUGCAGCAACUGGGAAGCAGAAGAACUGACACAAGAUCAGGUUCUCUAUGCUGCUAGGGAUGCCCAGGUCUCAGUGGCUCUAUUCUUCCAUUUGCUGGGAUUUGCCAGCCUCCCUGAUACGUCUGAAGGUGAAAACUCUCUCACUAAUUGGGAGAAAGUACAGGGUAAAUGCCAGGGCUUGGUGGAUAUCCCAUUUAGAGGAAGGAAGAGUGGCAGCACAGGAGAGGAGAAGAGUGGAGAGGUACGUUCCCCUCAGAAAACAAAGAAUCGGAAAUCUUGGGUGAAUGGCCAACCCUCUGGCAAUCAGCAAAUGAGAGAUCCACGGAGACAGAAGCGAAAGCCUCUGGGUGUGGGAUAUUCUGCACGAAAAUCUCCAUUGUAUGACAACUGCUUCCUGCAUGCACCAGAUGGACAGCCCCUGUGCACUUGUGAUCGCAAGAAGGCUCAGUGGUAUUUGGACAAGGGGAUUGGAGAGCUAGUUAGCACAGAUCCUUUUGUUGUGAAGCUGCGGUUUGAGCCUUCAGGACGUCCUGAAUCUCAAGUUGAUUAUUACCUGACAGUCAAGGAAAACCUCUGUGUUGUGUGUGGCAAGCGAGAAUCCUAUAUCCGGAAGAAUGUUGUUCCUCAUGAAUACAGAAGACACUUCCCCAUCCAGAUGAAGGACCACAACUCGCAUGACGUGCUCCUGCUCUGCACAUCCUGCCAUGCCAUCUCCAAUUACUAUGACAACCACCUCAAGCAGCAGCUGGCCCAGGAGUUCGGGGCUCCAAUCGGCUCCGAGGAAGGUGUGCGUCUCCUGGAGGACCCUCUGCGCAGGCAAGUGCGCUCGGGGGCGCGAGCCCUGCUGAAUGCAGACAGCCUGCCUGAACCCCGAAGGGCAGAGCUGCUGCAAAGCAUCAAGGACUUCUAUAACUCAGACACAGUCACUCCAGAGAUGCUCCAGGCAGCAGCUGGUCUGGAAACCAGGAUCUGCAAUGAGAGCUACGUGCCACAUGGGCUGAAGGUGGUGCAGUGUUGUGCUAAAGGAGGCCUGCGCUCUCUUAUGCAGCUGGAAAGACGCUGGCGGCAGCAUUUCUUGGACAGCAUGAAGCCCAAGCACCUCCCAGAGCAAUGGUCAGUGGACCAUAACCAUGUGAAGUUGAUCCAAAAAUAUGGGGAGGAUCUUCAGAUCAAGCUGUCAUGAAACUAACUUCCUGGACUCUGGAUACUGUCUAAUGGACAUCUGUAACUGAAGACAGAAAGACAAUUUUUAUUUCUAUGUCUCCACUAACACCUGGGGCCUGGGUUUGAAAAAGGGCAGCAGUAGAUCUGCCAGAUUUUCCAGUUAGAGUUAAAUUUGGCAGUUUAUAGAGUUAAAUCCCUUGACUUGAACUUUCAGGUUUGGAAGUUUAAUCCUAGUUUGUCACUUACUAGUUUGGUGCAAGAGUGAUAAGGGAACUUGUCUUCUCAAAGUGACUGUGAAGAACCAUUUUCUAGCCCCCAGGAUGUCUGAUGCCUUCAUACCAUCUCUCAUAAUAAAGUGAGUCCAGAGAAAGGCAACAAAAGCACAAUAGAUGAAUGUUUCUGGAUGUUCUGACAUACAUUUGUGCCCUUGACUUUGCCUUGAGAGUCUUGAGGGUCUUCUUGAUAAAAAUCUUUCUUUUCAGUGCAGUUGUACUUACAGGAGUUCUUCCUAGAGAAGACCUCCUGCCAGAGAGAGAUUCCUUGUUUGGAAGAAAUGAAGAAACCUUAUUUUUUGCAGAUUCUGAGCUGUCCCAGCAUUGCAGAUAGGCCUCAGCAAAUUUCCUGGUAGCAGGUGCCUGAUGAGAAGUGACACUCUGGCAGUAUGGAAAUACCCAUGCCAAGUCUUUUGUUAAACAGCUUCCAGUAACACAGAGUUUGUAAAAAUUGCUUUUCCUAAUCCUGCUUGUUUGUCAUGACUAGUGUGCAGGGCUGUUACAGAGAUGGGGUGGCAUAACUCCUGUGACUGGUUUGUUGAUAUGGAAGGAUGCAGGCUCAUCAGGAAGAGGAGGCACUGGAGGCGAGGAGGAGGUGUCACCUUCUAUGUCAAUGAUUGGUUGGAGUGCACAGAGCUCCAUUUGGAGUGCAUGGAGCUCAGCCUAGGGAUGGAUGAGGAGUCCAUCAAGAACUUAUGGGUCAGGAUUAAAGGGAGGGCAAACACAGGUGACAGGGGGGAUCUGCUACUGAUUGCCCAACCAGGAAGACUGAGAGGAUGAAGCCCUCUAUAGGUAAGAGCAACCUCGUGUUCACAAGGCCUAGUCUUCAUGGGGGACUGCAGCCACCCCGUAUCUGUUGGAGAGGCAACACAGGCGGGCAUAAGCAAUUCAGGAGGUUCCUGGAAUGCAUUGAUAACUUUUCCAGAAAGCAAACUGCAUCAUGGGCUGCAUCAAAAGAGGCAUGACCAACAGGUCAAGGGAGGUAAUUCUUCCCCUCUAUUCUGCUCUUGUGAGACCACUUGGAGUACUGUGUCCAGCACUGUGGCCCCCAGUAUAAUAGAGGAAGUCCAAAGGAGGGCUACAAAGAUUAUCAGAAGGCUGAAGCACCUGUCCUAUGACUUCUUACAAGAGUGUGUAGUGAUAGUACAAGGAUUAGUGGAUUUAAACUCGAAGAGGCUAGGUUUAGAUUAGGUAUUGGGGAGAAAUUCUUUGCUGUGAGGGUGGUGAGGCAAUGGAAGAGGUCGCCUGAGAAGCUGUGAGUGUCUCAUCCCUGGAAGUGUUCAAAGCAAGGUUGGAUGGAGGUAUGAGCAACCUGGUCUAGUGGAAGGUGGCGCAGUCUGUGGCAGGGAUGUUGGAACUGGAUGUUCUUUGGAGUCCCAACCCAAACCAUUCAGUGAUUCUUUGAAUACCACUUGGUGAGUACCUUUUCAUAUCAGAAUGAAAUAAGGACAGGUAUCUCAAAAAGGAUGAGAGGAAACAAUUUAAAGACCAGAAGCUUUUAAGAGACCUGAUCACACGUGGCAAAAAAUGGAAAAUCUGACGUUUUGUACCUGGAUUUGACAUGUGUGGUGGUGAGCAGGUUAUACUCUCUUCAUGCCUGUUUCUGUGUCUCUAAAAUGAGACUAAUAAUACUUAACUAUCUCACAAAGGUGUUGUGAGUCUUAAAUAACUCAUGUUUUUGUAAAAUGCUUUGAAAAUAUGAGCUAGUGUGUGCUAAUUGGUGUUGCUGGUUUUUAAGAUGUGCUGCUAACUUCAUUAAAUAUUCACGUUUUUUGUCUGGUGCUAGACCUUAGUUAAAGAUAACUUUUUAAAACUACACACUCCUUUCUGUAAAAUUCCUUUUGAUGAUUUUGAUUGCAUGAGAUGAGUGUGCUUCUACUGAAUGAUGAAGCUAUGCUCAACUUUUAUACGCCUCUGUAAAGAAGUUUCAGUAAAACCCUUAUCUUCCCA